UCGAUAGUGUUAAAAUAACCUUUGGAUGAAUGAAUUAAAAGGGUACCCGGGAAUAAAACAAAAUAUCUGAACGCUUUUAUAAUAAUUUUUUUUUUUGAAAUAAUAGUUUAAUUUUGGUUAAGCAAAGUUUUAAAUUUGUUUGCAUAUUGUAUUUGUCAUGACAUUGUCAAUAUUGUCUGAGUAUGGAACACCAGAAUGAAGAUAGACCACUGAUUGAAGAACUACGGAAGAGGUUUCUUUCAAGAGGUCCAGAGCUAGAAGAAUUUGACAAACGAGAUAUUGAGCGUGUCCAUCAAGAUGAUAUCUAUGUUGAGUUUUUUUUUAAUCACAAGCAUGGAGAUAUGGAAAAAGCUCUUGAAAUGAUGGUUGACUGUCUUAAGUGGCGCUCACAGUUUGGUAUAAAUGAUAUAAUGGAAAGAAACAUUGACAGGCGUCUUUUUGAACUUGGAUUUUUAUACCCACGAAAUAAAGACAAACAUGGAAACCCCUUGCUUUUUUUCCAUAUGAAAAAGUACAAAAAAGAAUUAUUUGAUAUGAAAGAGGUUAAAAAGUUGUUUGCAUUUGCUCUGGAGAAACUUAGUUUGCAAUAUCCUGGAAAACAAAUCACCAUGGUAUUUGAUAUGCAGGAUUCUGGUAUUUCUAACAUGGAUAUGGAUCUUAUAAAAUUUGUAAUUACUUGUUUUCAGUUGUACUUUCCAAAUAUAUUAGAGUACCUGAUUGUAUAUGAAACACCUUGGAUACUCACAGCUGCUUGGAAGAUAGUGAAAGGUUGGAUGAGUAGUGAUGGAAUAUCAAAAAUAAAAAUGGUAGGAAAGAAUGAUAUAACUAGCUACAUUGCACCUGAAAAAUUACUUUCGUGCAUGGGUGGUUUGGAUGAUUUUGUUUACAAAUAUCCUCCUCAGAUGUUUUCAGCUCCACCUACUGCAAGAUUUCAAAAUGUGAGUUCAACCAAUGAAGUAUUUAACAGCAUUUCAAUAAGUUUAGAUAACACAAAUAAAAAAAACAUUUUAGAUAAAGCAGAAAAAAAUGCUGAUAGUAAUUUUGAUGAAUCCUCUUUUGGUGAAAGUAAUCGAGUGGAACAAAAUGGAAGCAACAUAGAUCUAACAUGUAAAAAGUCAGUGUACAGGAGAAAUGUUCGAAACUAUGCUAAAAGUAAACUGGAAUCUGCUGGCCCUUUUAUAACUUUAAGUCCAGCCAAUGAGUUGGUAUUUUGUGAGAAUAAAUCUGGUGAUAUAAUGCAAACAAUAACCAUAACAAACACUGUUUCCAGUUUAGUUGCAUUUAAGAUUAAGACAACAACACCAGAAAACUUUCGAGUUCGUCCAAGUUCUGGGCCCAUUUCACCCAGUGCAACAGUUGAGGUUCAAAUAUAUCUUCAACCAGAAUUUGAUAUUAAAAAUAUCACAAAAGAUAAGUUUCUUAUUUUGUCCGCUGUUAUCCCAGAUAAUAUAAAUGACAUUAAUUCUUUGUGGAAAACGAUACCUCGAUCUAGCAUCAUGGAGCAAAGACUUCGUUGUCGUUUGCAAUUCAUUUUACCAUCUGAGAGUGACCACGACUCUUCCCCUAGUCACAAAUCUGACAAAUCUAGUGACCCAAAAGAUUAUAUAUACAAGCAGCUUAAGGAUUGCAACAAUAAGAUCGAUCGCUUGCAGAAACGUGUUAUUCGGUUGGAGCAUGAUGUUUUAAUAACUUAUCGUUUUAUAAUUCUUUUAGUCGUAGUUGUAAUUGUUUUUUUUAUUAUCGGCGCCGUUUUUUUUAUAAAAAGUAUUUUUUUUACAAAAUAAAAAGUAUUUUUUUUACAAAA